CUCUCUCUCUCUCUCUCUCUCUCUCUCUCUCUACCUUCAAGCUCUCUCUCAACUCUUUUGUUCUGAAACUGAACCAGGACUCAGAGUGAAAUUCCCACAAAAGGAAGGAGGUAAGCAUGAUGGUUGAAAGAGAAGAUUUGGGUCUGAGUCUCAGCUUGAAUUUUCCUCAGACCCAUAACAAUCACAGCAACAGCAGCAGCAGCGGCUUUCGGCUCAAUCUGAUGCCUUCUCUGCUCCCAACUUCAGCUUCUUCUACUUCUGGCUUUCUUCCCCAAAAGCCCCUCUGGAAUGACCCCUUGCCUUCUUCAGAUCUAAACUCCAACUCCGAGACAUACCGGGCCGGGCCCCGAUCGUUCCUUCGGGGCAUCGACGUGAACCGGCCGCCUUCGACGGGCGAUUGCGAAGACGAAGCGGGGGUGUCCUCCCCCAACAGCACCGUGUCGAGUGUGAGCGGCAAGCGGAGCGAGAGAGAUGCCAACGGCGAGGAUCUCGAUCUCGAGAGGGACGGCUCUCGAGGCAUCAGCGACGAAGAGGAUGGCGAGGCGUGCAGGAAGAAGCUCAGGCUCUCCAAGGACCAGUCCGCCAUUCUCGAAGAGAGCUUCAAGGAGCACAACACUCUCAACCCUAAGCAAAAAUUGGCGUUGGCCAAACAGCUUGGGCUUCGGCCUAGACAAGUGGAAGUCUGGUUUCAGAACAGAAGAGCAAGAACAAAGUUGAAGCAAACAGAGGUGGACUGUGAGUUCUUGAAGAGAUGCUGUGAGAAUCUGACAGAGGAGAACAGGCGGUUGCAAAAAGAGGUUCAGGAGCUGAGAGCACUGAAACUUUCCCCGCAGUUCUACAUGCAGAUGACCCCACCCACAACACUCACCAUGUGCCCCUCGUGUGAGCGUGUCGGGGUCCCACCCAACUCAUCAUCGUCCGCUGCUGAUCCCCGGCCCCAUCUUCAGAUGGGGCCAGUUCAACCACGGCCUGGGCCCAUCAACCCCUGGGCCUCCGCCACCACCAUCCCGCACCGGCCGUUGCCGUUCGACGCCUUUCACGCCCGGUCGUAAUUUUAAACGAGAGAGGGCAUUUUGGAGAAAAUUUGCAAAAACCUUUUUAGAAUCCCCUUUAUAUAUUUUAGAUGUGUACGGAGGAUGAGCAAAAAAGAAGCGGUUGUAAAUUUUUCCAAAACCUUAUUAUGUUGGUCACUCUUUGAGAUAUGGUGGUUGGGAAUAUGUGAUUUGGUGGGCCUGCAUGUUUUAUAGUAUCUGGCCCAUCACUUUCAUGAUCUUCUUUCUUUUGUAGAUUAGGGUUUGGUGGUGGCACUACUAUUUCUUCCCUAAUUCCCUUGUUAGACCCAACAAUUUGUUGGUGGGGAAAGGGAAGGAGGACUUUGAAUGUAAAGUGUAAUGUCUAAUUAAAAUUUUCAUUUUAACA